AUGAUUGAUAAAUUGAUAGCAUUUUUUAGUAGCACGCUAGAUAUAUUAAUAGUAUUUUUUUCUUUGCUUUUAUGUCAGCAUGGGAAUCAACGUAAAACGGGAAGCAACGUGGAUAACUUAUGGCUUGGUGUUGAAAAUACUCUUAAAGAAAAGAAUAUUAACGUGGGAACGAACUGCAUACAACUUGUUUCUUGUGAAAGUGUAAAAAUUGGCAAUGUUGGGGCAUUAGAGACACCGAUAAAAAAAGGACCUAAUGAGUCGAGACAACGAUUGGAUUUUGAAACUGAAGAUAAGGAGAAUAUAGUUGACGGUUCAUAUAAACGCCGACGUACAGAAAGUGAAAAUCUGGAACAUUCAGAUAACGAAAACUUUCUUAAUACUGUAAAAAAUAAUGACAGAGAGAAUGAAUUGGAAAGACAGGCCGAGGAGACCAUCCAGUACAAUGAAAAGAUGUGGAUUGUAGGUAACAUGAAAGUCAAUGUUCGUGAUGCAUUAACAGGAUGGCAGAAGCGAAAAGACCGACCGCGCACCGGUCUAGCGUUUUAUGAUAUUAUAGACCUUACGCCCAGAUCAAAUAGUGACUUCAUACGAUUCCUGCCUAUUGACGCAAUGUAUGAGAUGAAGCGGUUUGUUCAGAACAUCAAUCUGUUCCGUGAAAGAGCUAAUUGUUAA